AUGACAUCUAAACCGAUUCAAUCAUCAUCACCAACUCAAUCGAAAUAUUUAUAUGAAAAUAAAUAUGAACCACAAUAUGAUCAAUCAGUUAACAUUCAUUGGAAUUCAUAUUCGAAAACAGAUCGAAGACUGAAUUCAUCAUAUUUUCAACGUUCGACUCUAUUCAAUCGAUCAUAUGACCAUAUUAAUAUACCAUAUGCUUCAAAUGUCUAUGGUGUAUAUCGUCGCCCACCAUCUAACAUAAAAUCUCCGCUUUCCAUAUAUACGAAUCCAAGUAAAUGUAAUAAUCAAAGAAGUAAAUCUUAUCAUUCGCAGCCACGUCAAUUAUCUCAUAGUAUUAGUGAUGAUUAUUACUAUCAAAAACAUGACGAUCUAAAUGGUCUUAUCAAUGCUAUUUAUGGCGAUGCGAAGAAGAAUGAAAAUAAUAAAUAUGAAUAUAACGAAGAAAAUUGUUCGAAUGUUUUCAACUACACCUUUGCCAAUACAGGUAUAAUGGGUGUAACUAAUUCACGGCGACGAUGUCAAAGUGAAGAAAUAUCUAUCAUAUAUACGUCUGAGAACAAUAUUAAUGAGAAAGAAAAAGCUGAUAAGGAUGUCAUCUUACCUAUGGCAACAUAUGAAAAUGUUGGACUUAUAAACACACCUAAUAUCAAUAAUAAUAAUAAUAAUAACAAUCUUCAUUCUUUAUCAACACCAUUAACUCGUGACUCAUACGAUUAUUCAUCAACAACAUAUAAUCAACAAAUAAAUUCGAAAUCAUCUACAAUGCCAAAAGAUCAUUAUCAAAAUACAACAAUAACAACUAAACAUGAUAUUAUUCCAUCAGAAAAUGAAACUAAUUAUUUAACACCAUCUGAUAUAGAUUCAACUAUAAAAUCAAAUGAAACAACAAAACGAAUAAAUAAUACAAAUGGAAAAUUUUCUCUUCAAAAAAUGAUACGUCAAGGAUUUUCAUCAUGGCGUACAAGAAAAAAACCACCAUCAUUAUCAACACCGCCAACAUCAACUAUAUCAACAAAUUUUUCAACACCAUCUUCACCUCCUUCAUCUACUAAACAUUAUAUGGCAAUGGAUAAUGAUCUAUCACAAACUCAUCCAUCGACAACUAUACGUUCAAUGUCAACUGAUUUAGUUUCAAAUCCACUAUCAUCACAACGAAUUAUUGUUACAGAACAAAUUGCUCCUCCAACAAUUCGAUCAAAUAGUGUUGAUUGUGCGACAGUAGAUUUUGAUCGUCCAUCAACAAAUAUUCGUGGUUAUAUUCAAUCACCUUGGGCAAAUUCUUCCACAUCAAUGACUUCAAAUACUAAUACGACAGAAUCGAUAUCUUCUCGUCCAGAACCUUUAUCAACAAGUCGAACAUUACCGACACAAUUUAUUGAAAAUACAAAAACAUUGACACCAUUAUCAAUAGGACCAGCAUCUGUUAAUGUUUCAACAACGACAGAAACAACAAAUAGUACAACACCUUUAAUAAUAUCAUCAAUCAAUUCAUCUAAAAUUCCACCUCCUGUUGCUCCUAAACCUGAUAUAAAUCGUUUUACACCAAUACGUUCCAAUUAUUUAAAUAAUAAUCUUUCAUCAUCAUCAACUACUACACCAACUCCAUUUUCUCCUUCAACAUCUAAUACAAUUGAACAACGUCAUGUUGCUUUUUCCAAUAAUCUUAUAUCAAAUCAAUUUAAACCUAUUAAUGAUAUAAUAAAUGAUAAUAAUAUUAUUUAUGCUAAUAUUAAUCCAUCAAAUACAAUAUUAAAAGAAAAAUUUCAAAUAUAUAAUUCACCUGUAAAUAAUCGAAAUACAUCAUCUCCAACAUUAAUAUCAAAUAGUAUCAAUGAAAAACAAAUUUCUAAUACAACAAAUAAUAUAUCAUCAUCAUCAUCAUCAUCAUCAUCAACAAAUUCUUCAUCAACACCAAUAAUUCAAACAACAAAACAAAGUAUUAUACAAGAUAUUGAUACAACUAAAUAUGAAGAAAUUCCAGCUAAAGAACCUGAUCUAUCACGACAACCUGAAAAAAGUGCAUUAAAAAAACCAAAUGGUAUUAAACGUCGUGUUAUACCUGUUUUUCGAGAAAAUCAACGACCAUCACCACGACCAAGUCCUAAAUUACAACCUGUUAUUCUUCUAUCUCCAUCAUCAACAAUAAAAACAGUAAAUAAUGAAGAAAAUACAAAUUCAGAUGAAAAUUCUUCAUCCGAUGAAGAAAAUUAUACACCAAAAAAACGUUUUGCUAAUGUACAACGUAAUGAUUCAUUAGCACGUUUUCUUAAAGAUCGUCCAUUACCAGAUGAAUUAUAUGAUAAACAUAUUCUUGUUAAAUCAUUCGAUGAACGUAAAAAUGAACGUGAAAAUAUUGAAACAAAAUUAGAACGUAAAUUAUCAUUACGACCAAGACCUGAAGAACUUGAAGCACGAAAUAUUUUACGUGCUAAAACACAAGCUGAAUUAAUGGCAGAAAAAGAAGAAAAAAAACGUUAUUUAAUACGAAAACUUAGUUUUCGACCAAGUAUUCAAGAACUUCGAGAUCGAAAAAUUAUUCGUUUUUGUGAUUAUAUUGAAGUAUCCGAUUGUGAUGAUGUUGAUCGACGUGCUGAUAAACCAUGGACACGUUUAACACAAAGAGAUAAACAACUUAUACGAAGAGAACUUAAUGAAUAUAAAAGUUCUGAAAUGGAAAUUCAUCCUGAAAGUGCAAAAUAUACACGUUUUCAUCCACCUUAG